UGAUUAUCAUAUCCGCACACUAUUCGCUUUUUCUGCUCCUUACUAGAAAUGCUGCUUUCUUCUUCUUCUUCUCGCGGUUAUCUUCACUAACAACUUCUCUCUCUCUCUCCGUCUGUGCAUUUUCCAUUGUUGAAGAAGGAGAAAGGUCUUGAGGUGUGGGGUCGGUGAUGGACGGUGGAGUGAACUACAACCCUCGCACUGUGGAAGAGGUUUUCCGGGACUUCAAGGGUCGUAGAGCCGGCAUGAUCAAGGCUCUCACCACUGAUGUUGAAGAAUUUUUCCAGCAGUGCGAUCCUGAAAAGGAUAACCUUUGUUUAUACGGGUUCCCUAAUGAGCAAUGGGAAGUUAAUUUACCUGCGGAAGAAGUUCCUCCGGAGCUUCCUGAGCCUGCAUUGGGCAUAAACUUUGCUAGGGAUGGGAUGCAGGAUAAGGACUGGCUGUCUUUGGUUGCCGUUCACAGUGAUGCAUGGUUACUUGCAGUGGCUUUCUACUUUGGGGCACGAUUUGGUUUUGAUAAAGCUGACAGGAAACGCCUGUUCACUAUGAUUAAUGAUUUACCAACAAUAUUCGAGAUUGUGACUGGAAGUGCAAAAAAACAGACUAAGGAAAAGUCAUCCAUUUCAAACCACUCCAGCAACAAAUCAAAAUCUGGUUCAAAAGGGCGAGGAUCUGAAUCAGGGAAGUAUUCAAAGCAAACAAAGGACGAGGAGGAAGAGGUACCGGAUGAAGAAGAUGACGAGGAGCAUGGGGAAACUUUGUGUGGGGCAUGUGGAGAGAACUAUGCGUCUGAUGAGUUCUGGAUUUGUUGUGACAUAUGUGAGAAGUGGUUCCAUGGCAAGUGUGUGAAGAUCACUCCAGCCAGAGCCGAGCACAUCAAGCAGUAUAAGUGCCCCUCAUGCAGCAAUAAGAGAGCACGGCCUUGAUAUAGUUGAGAGUGGGACAGUUCUCACCCCUUGUAACUAAAUCAUGUUGGACUUCUAACUUGUUAGUGGCUUAGGAUUCCUGUGCCAUGCCAUGAUGGGCAUAUGUAUUCAGUACUUUGGGUCUUGUGAACUUCUUAGUGGAUAUAUUUUUUUUUAAUAUUUAUAGUUUGCAGGUUCUGGAUAUGUCUCCAAUCUUCAUCCUGACUGGUAUACUUAUAUUUGUAGCAUAUGAUAGUGCACGUGUGCACACAUACAUGUAUGUUUGAACAUAUGUCGUAUUUGCUAGCAUGACGCAUUGGAUUGAUCAGAUUUAUGGUCUACCCAAUGUAGCAGUGUGGCAUCUGUGUUAGCUUUGGAAGAACGGCAGAGUUGGCUUAAGGUGUAAAUUAGAGACGAUUUUUUUUUAAUGUUGUGUAUGAAACUAAAAUAGUUCUACUUCUGA